ACCAGACCGCGAACGUCUGUAAUCUCAGUGGCUUGUUUGCCGAGGGCACCUGCGCAGCUGCGACGGCUACUGGUGAGCGCCCCCGAUCAGACCGAGGGGCAGGGCGAAGGGGGACUGGAGGAGGGGAACCGCCCUUCAGGGACACUGACAGGAGGCGGGCGCUACCCCUGAGAGUGAGAGCUUCUGCCCGGAGCUCUGCCAGCCUCGAGGUUUUGGAACAUGAAUCUUUCGCUCGUCCUGGCUGCCUUUUGCUUGGGAAUAGCCUCCGCUGUUCCAAAAUUUGACCAAAAUUUGGAUACAAAGUGGUACCAGUGGAAGGCAACACACAGAAGAUUAUAUGGCGCGAAUGAAGAAGGAUGGAGGAGAGCAGUGUGGGAAAAGAAUAUGAAAAUGAUUGAACUGCACAAUGGGGAAUACAGCCAAGGGAAACAUGGCUUCACAAUGGCCAUGAAUGCUUUUGGUGACAUGACCAAUGAAGAAUUCAGGCAGAUGAUGGGUUGCUUUCGAAACCAGAAAUUCAGGAAGGGGAAAGUGUUCCGUGAGCCUCUGUUUCUUGAUCUUCCCAAAUCUGUGGAUUGGAGAAAGAAAGGCUAUGUGACGCCAGUGAAGAAUCAGAAACAGUGUGGUUCUUGUUGGGCUUUUAGUGCGACUGGUGCUCUUGAAGGACAGAUGUUCCGGAAAACUGGGAAACUUGUCUCACUGAGCGAGCAGAAUCUGGUGGACUGUUCGCAUCCUCAAGGCAAUCAGGGCUGCAAUGGUGGCUUCAUGGAUAAGGCCUUCCAGUAUGUCAAGGAGAAUGGAGGCCUGGACUCUGAGGAAUCCUAUCCAUAUGUAGCCAUGGAUGAAAUCUGUAAGUACAGACCUGAGAAUUCCGUUGCUAAUGACACUGGCUUCACAGUGAUCCUACCUGGAAAGGAGAAGGCCCUGAUGAAAGCAGUCGCAACUGUGGGGCCCAUCUCUGUUGCUAUGGAUGCAGGCCAUUCGUCCUUCCAGUUCUACAAAUCAGGCAUUUAUUUUGAACCAGACUGCAGCAGCAAAAACCUGGAUCAUGGUGUUCUGGUGGUUGGCUAUGGCUUUGAAGGAGCAAAUUCGGAUAACAGCAAAUAUUGGCUCGUCAAAAACAGCUGGGGUCCAGAAUGGGGCUCGAAUGGCUAUGUAAAAAUAGCCAAAGACAAGAACAACCACUGUGGAAUCGCCACAGCAGCCAGCUACCCUGAUGUGUGAGCUGAUGGAUGGUGAGGAGGAAGGACUUAAGGACAGCAUGUCUGGGGGAAUUUUAUCUUGAAACUGACCAAACGCUUAUUGUGUAAGAUAGACCACUUGAAUCAUUGAGGAUCCAAGUUGAGAUUUGAAUUCUGUGACAUUUUUACAAAGGCAAAAUGUUACCACUACUUUAAUUAUUGUUAUACACAACUUUAUGAUAUCAAAGACUCAUUGCUUAAUUCUAAGACUUUCAAAUUUUGAUUUUUAAAAAAGAUGUACAAAACAGUUUAAAAUAAAUUUUAAUUCGUAUAUAAA